UUGAAAUGACAACCAUUAUAAAUACCGGUAUGACAAGAAACAGAAUUCUGUGUGAAGUGGUAACAUCACCAAAGAACGAUUGUUGUGAGAUCCAAGCAAAUCGCUUACUGAUAUACUGGUUUCUUGAUCACCUGGUUUGGUUUAUAGAAUGUCAUCAAGUGCCGAUUCAGCUCGUGAGCCCUUGUUACCUAAGGAUCAGAUAGAUCCCGUGACUCAAGACUUCAACACAAAAUCAAGAACCUCUUCAAGCAAAAGAAGACUGCGUCGCUCAAGAAGCGCUCCUCGUGGUGAUUGUACCUACGACGAUAACCAUGUCAAAACCGACGAACCCCCUCUUCAUCCAAGUCAACUGUUCAGGGAUCUAAACCCGAACCUCAGGCGAGUGAUCAUGUUCUUGGCUCUAUAUCUAAUCAUCGGAACUCUCUGUUUCUACCUCGUCAGAAACCAGAUCUCCGGUCACAAGACCAACGGUGUGUUGGAUGCUGUCUACUUCUGUGUUGUAACGAUGACAACCGUUGGAUACGGUGACCUUGUCCCUAGUAGCUCUGCAUCUAGACUACUCGCUUGUGCCUUUGUCUUCUCAGGAAUGGUCCUCGUGGGUCACCUUUUAAGCCGAGCAGCGGAUUAUCUAGUGGAGAAGCAAGAGACUUUGCUGGUCAGGGCUUUCCAUUUGCGUCAAAGCUCCGGUCCACUAGACAUUCUCAAGGAGUUGCAAACUAACAAGAUGAGAUACAAAUGCUACGUCACGUUCAUUGUCUUUGUAGUCCUCGUCCUUGCUGGUACUGUUUUCCUUGUAACGUUUGAGAAAAUGCCGGUUAUUGAGGCUUUCUACUGUGUAUGCUCCACGGUUACUACGUUGGGUUAUGGAGACAAAAGCUUUAACUCUGGAACCGGACGCCUUUUCGCUGUGUUUUGGAUCUUGACGAGUACUAUAUGUUUGGCUCAGUUUUUACUCUAUGUAGCUGAGUUAAAUGCAGAAACCAAACAGAGAGAGUUGGUGAAAUGGGUUUUGACAAGGAGGAUCACAAACAAUGAUCUUGAAGCUGCUGAUCUUGAUGAAGAUAGAGUUGUCGAAGCUGCAGAGUUUAUUGUAUAUAAGCUGAAAGAAAUGGGGAAGAUAGAUGAGAAAGAUAUAUCUGGGAUCAUGGAAGAGUUUGAGCAACUUGAUUAUGAUGAAUCUGGAAACCUGACCAAUUCUGACAUCGUUCUAGCUCAGAUCCAAAGGUAAGCAGCAUUCAUUUAAGUUAUUAUACCUGCACACAACUACAAGAAGUAAAAGAGAGUGAACAGUUUUCUUUUGGAAGUGUUAUUUGUUUCUGUAUGUGUGUUUAUACUGUAAUGCCAUCUCUAUGACUGUUUUGUGAUGUCUUGAGUGUAUAAUAUACAUAUGGAUAUACACGUAUACGUUGUCUAAGCAAACUGAAUCUUGCUAUUGGUCUCA